CUGUCCCCACUCCCUGAGGGACCUCGCUGCCUGAUGUAUCACCAAACCCAGCCUCUCUUGCAGUCUACUUCCUCGUGUCUUUUUGCCAACCCUGUUUUCACUGUCUUGGUCUGUGGCCUGUGGGCAGAGCUGGGACAACAGUGGGAUGGAGGCAAGAGACCCCAGAACAGGGGCCCACCAUCCUGAGGAACUCCAGGAGAGGCUUCCUGAAGAGGCCUGGACUCCUUUUUGCCUCGCGGUUCUGUCCACGGUGUCCCUGGUAUUUUUUCUAGUGCCAGGGCGGGGUUGGGAUGCACACAGGGCAGGCCCCUGGAUCCGGUCCGUCAGGAUUCCCAGGAAGAAUUCCAGACUUUGGAGAAUCCUGCACUCCAGCUGACCAGACACUCCUCUCAGUAAGAAGUGGGUACUCUGCAGCCUAGGGCCUCAGUUCCCACUGGAGUCUGAGAACAAAGGCUGAAGCCUCCCCAUACCCCCAGGCUGGGGGCAGAAAAUGAGAUUGCUCCUACUAUGACAACCCCCGUCCCAAAUUUGGAAGGACCUGAGAAGCUGGGGGCAGCUUCCUUAUGCCUGGGGACAUAGGGCAGGAGAAGGAAGAAGGAAGGACAGAUUGGUGGAGGGGUGGGGGUCAGAGGAUCUGGUAGAGCCGGCAGGUGUCAGAGGCUGGCUGGUGGAGCCAGUCUGAGGGCCUCGCUGCUUAUGUCACCAGUCCAUGGCUUGGGAUCCCAGGACCUCCCUGGGCAGGUGGAGCCCCGGGACCAGGCCCAUGGGCCAGUUUCAAUGGGCUGAGCCUGGCCUGGGCGGCAUGAGAGCUGGCUAGACAAGGGUGUGGGUGGAAGGGUCUCCCUGUUACGCUGCCCUCAGGGUUUCUUGCCCAGGAAAAGAGGCCGAAAACCUGGUGUGGGAUCCUGCAGAUCGGACAUUCUCACCAAGGCCUUCCACUUACACUUGAGCUUCAGCCGUGACAGAUCCCCACCCCUCCCUAGCCCCUGCCCCAUCCCCCAUCCUCGAUUUCCACAGUUCCUUGAAAUGGUAAGGGUGCAGCCGGGCCUUCUUUCUGCCCCCUAUCUCUGUAGACAGCCCCCAGAGGCCUGGCCUCUUAUACCUACAGGGGGGAUGGGGAACCAGCCUUCCCCUUUUUUCCAGCAGCUUGGCCCCGCCUCCCCCCCCAUAAACCACUUGCCGGCCCGCCCCCACACCUUCCACUCAUACGUCGUCGUAGUCUGUUCAGUCCUGUCCAUCCUGUCCUGUCCGGACCUGUUCCACCCCGGCCGCGGGACUCAGCACUUCUAUUGCCAACGCCGCUGGCAGGUGAGGGACUCCGCUGGGUACUGUGGUGCUGAGCCCUGGCGUCGCUUCUGGCCCUAACAAGGCACGAUGGACGGUCCUCGAUCAGACAUGGGCCGCUGGGGUGGGAACCCUUGGCAGCCCCCUGCCACACCUUCUCCAGAACCAGAGCCAGAGCCAGAGCGACGUUCUCGCCGAGGGGGCCGUUCCUUCUGGGCUCGCUGCUGUAGCUGUUGCUCCUGUCGGAAUAGGGCAGAUGAUGAUGUGGAGCUUGAGCCCCAUGGAGACCGGGGGUCUGGCUCCAGGGGUCGAAGACCUGACUCCCGCGGCUCAGACUCCCACCAGCCUGGCUUCUACCGGGUCAGUGGUGUGAAUGCAGCUGGAGAUGGCACCAUCCAAGAGGGCAUGCUGGCGGUGACUGGUGUGGAUCUGCUGAGUGCACGCUCAGAGCAGAAUCGCCGAGAGCACCACACAGACGAGUUUGAGUACGACAAACUGAUUGUGCGCCGUGGGCAGCCCUUCUGCGUGGCCCUCCUCCUGUCUCGACCCUAUGAGUCCUCUGAUUAUGUUGCCCUGGAGCUGUUCAUCGGAAACAACCCUGAGGUGGGCAAGGGCACCCACGUGGUCAUCCCAGUGGGCAAAGGGGGCAGUGCAGGCUGGAAGGCCCAGGUGACCAAGGCCAGUGGGCAAACUCUGACCCUACGGGUCCACAUCUCCCCCAACGCCAUCAUCGGCAAGUUUCAACUCACAGUCCGCACACGCUCAAAGGCUGGCGAGUUCCUGUUGCCCUUUGACCCCCACAUUGAGAUCUACAUCCUCUUCAAUCCCUGGUGCCCAGAGGACAUCGUGUAUGUGGACCAUGAAGAUUGGCGGCAGGAGUACGUGCUUAAUGAAUCUGGGAGAAUUUACUACGGGACUGAAGCACAGAUUGGCGAGCGGACCUGGAACUAUGGCCAGUUUGACCAUGGGGUGCUGGAUGCCUGCCUGUACAUCCUGGACCGGCGGGGAAUGCCAUACGGAGGCCGUGGGGACCCAGUCAGUGUCUCCCGCGUCAUCUCUGCUAUGGUGAACUCCUUGGAUGACAAUGGGGUCCUGAUUGGGAACUGGUCUGGCGAUUACUCCCGAGGCACCAACCCAUCAGCAUGGGUGGGCAGUGUGGAGAUCCUCCUCAGCUACCUACACACAGGCUCUUCUGUGCCCUAUGGCCAGUGUUGGGUCUUCGCUGGUGUGACCACCACAGUGCUGCGCUGCCUCGGCUUAGCCGCCCGCACCAUCACCAACUUCAACUCAGCACACGACACAGACACAUCCCUCACCAUGGACAUCUACUUUGAUGAGAACAUGAAGCCUCUGGAGCACCUGAACCGUGAUUCUGUUUGGAAUUUCCAUGUGUGGAACGACUGCUGGAUGAAGAGGCCGGAUCUGCCCUCAGGCUUUGAUGGGUGGCAGGUGGUGGAUGCCACACCCCAGGAGACCAGCAGUGGCAUCUUCUGCUGCGGCCCCUGCUCUGUGGAGUCCAUCAAGAAUGGCCUGGUCUACAUGAAGUAUGACACGCCCUUCAUUUUUGCCGAGGUGAACAGUGACAAGGUUUACUGGCAGAGGCAGGACGAUGGCAGCUUCAAGAUUGUGUACGUGGAGGAGAAGGCCAUUGGCACGCUCAUCGUCACAAAGGCCAUUGGCUCCAACAUGCGGGAGGAUGUCACCCAUAUCUAUAAGCACCCAGAAGGCUCAGAAGCGGAGCGGAAGGCAGUGGAAACAGCAGCCUCCCACGGCAGCAAACCCAGCGUGUAUGCCAACCGGGACUCUGCUGAGGAUGUGGCCAUGCAGGUGGAGGCACAGGACGUAGUGAUGGGGCAGGACCUGACGGUCUGUGUGGUGCUGACCAAUCGUGGCAGCAGUCAGCGCACUGUGAAGCUGCACCUCUACCUCUCUGUCACCUUCUACACUGGCGUCACCGGGUCUGUCUUCAAGGAGAGCAAGAAGGAAGUGGUGCUGGCCCCAGGGGCCUCGGAACGCAUGUACAUGCCCGUGGCCUACAAGGAAUACCAGCCCCACCUUGUGGACCAGGGGGCCAUGCUGCUCAAUGUCUCAGGCCAUGUCAAGGAGAACGGGCAGGUGCUGGCCAAGCAGCAUACCUUCCGUCUGCGCACCCCAGAUCUCUCUCUCACGUUAUUGGGGGCAGCUGUGGUUGGCCAGGAGUGCGAAGUACAGAUUGUUUUCAAGAACCCCCUGCCUGUCACCCUCACCAAUGUUGUCUUCCGGCUGGAGGGCUCCGGGUUACAGAGACCCAAGAUCCUCAAUGUCGGGGACAUUGGGGGCAACGAGACAGUGACGCUGCGCCAGACCUUCGUGCCUGUCCGACCAGGCCCCCGCCAGCUCAUUGCCAGCUUGGACAGCCCACAGCUCUCCCAGGUGCAUGGUGUCAUCCAGGUGGAUGUGGCUCCAGCUCCUGGGGGUGGGGGCUUCCUUUCAGAUGCUGGAGGCAACAGUCAUGCAGGGGAGACCAUCUCUAUGGCAUCUCGAGGUGGGGCUUAGCCCUAGGCCAGGAGCAAUGGGACUGGACUCAGAUUAGCAAGGACAUUGCCUCAAGACAGGGGCUCACUGCAGAGUGGUUUCCUGAAUAGGGGCUCAGGUUGGGAGGCCAGGGCACCUGGGGAGGGAACCAAUCUUGACUUGCACUGGCAUCACAGAUGCUAAUAAACUCUUUUUUAAUAAAGCUGCUGUUCUGUCCAUCCAUCAGUCCAUGCCAGGCCAAGGACUGUAGACCCAGGAAUGCAUGUGGCAUUUCUGGCACCCUGGGCUGAGAAGCUUGGUUGGCAGGUCAGUGAUAGUGCCAGAGCUCAGCAGCUCUCAAAAUAGGGCCUACUAAGGGACAGGACAGCCUCCAGUGUUAACCUGUCCAGCUUCUCCCAGUCCGAGGGCGCUCCUACUGACCAUAGCCCUUUCGAAGCCCCUUGGAGUAGGAGGGGACUCCCCUCCUCUGUGGUACUCACUGAGAAGAGAGGAACCUAAAUGCCUUUUUUUGUAGGCACAUGUUUGAGGUAGAAAUAGGCUAGAGGAUUUUCUAAGCAGCAAAAGCCACUUUGCAGUGCUUAUUUUCAAAUAUCCUUGUCUAAGAAUUUUUACAAAAGUAAUACAUGUUCAGUGUUGACUUAGAAAAAUACAGAAAAAUUAUAAAGAAUAAAAAUAACAAUGUAAAGAAAAAAAAACUACCACACUGUGCAGGAAAGAACUGUUAACAUUGUGUUUCAUAUGGUGCUCUCCCCUUCAAGUAACCAUGGUAAGCAUUUUCUCACAGCAUUAAAUAUGCUUUGAAAACACCCUGUUUAAAGACUGGACAACAGUCUUGGCUUCCAGCCCACCCUCCUGGUCUUCCUGAAUCUCUGGCUACCCUUCUCAGUCUCCUUGGCUGGUACUUCUGCUUCUGCACAGGCAGGUGACUCAGGCCUCCAGCCAGGCUCCUUCUCAUCCAGCUACACUAUGCCUAUGUGAGCUCAAUCAGUCUCUUGGUUUUAAGGACCACUGAUUUAAAAACCUGUAUGUUUUCCUGGAGCUUCAAACUCCUAUACCUACUGCCUUCUCAGCUUCUCUACUGACUGUCUCACAGACACCCCAGGUGUAGCUCAUUCAGGAUCAAACUCCUGACCUCCCUCCAGCAAAUCCUCCUGGAGCCUCCCUAUAUCAGUAAAUGGCAACUCCAUCUUUCUAUUUCUCAGGCCCAAAAUUUGGGAGUUACCCUUGACUCCUUUCACUCUCUUACAUCCCACAACCAAUCGAUCAUCAAAUCUUGAGAGUUCUGUCUCCCACCCAUAUGUGUCCAGAAUUUGACUGCUUCUCAACACCUCUACAGCUACCACCCUGCCAGAGCUGUCUUCAUCUCUCACUGGGAUUGCUGCCCUGGCCUCCUAAUCAUUUUCCCCACUGCCACUCUUGCACUGUGAUCCUCUGUUCUUCACACAGCAGCCAGAAUGAGCAGGUGAAUCUGAUUGUGUCAGUCCUCUGCUCAAAACCUUCUCCUGGCCUCCCCGAAAGCCAAAGUCCCUACAGAACUCUGCGACACAGCCCUCAUGUCCCCUUUCUUCCCAAGGCUCAGUCCAUUCAUUCCCUGGCCCCUUCCCACCUGGACAGUGCCAGGCAAGCUCCUGCUCCAGCGCCUCUGCGAGGCUGUGUGCUCUUCCUGAAUUCUUCCCCACAUGUCUGCCUGGCUCGCCCCCUUAUUCAGUGAGGUCUUUCCUACUAACCGGUUUUAAAACUGCAGCCACCUUCACACUCCCUAUCCUUCUCUGUGCUUUAUUUUACUCAGUAGCAUGUAUUACCAUCUGACAUUCUAUAUGUAGAAUUCUUUUUAUUAUUCUCUCUACUGGUACUGCGUCAUCCUAGUCCAAGCCACCAUUGAACUCCCAGCCCUGUCACUAGCCCUCCCCCUACCCUAUCUGUUUGCAACUUGGCAGCCAGAGCAAUGUUUUUAAAUGUCAGCCAGAUGGUGUCACUGAUCUGCUCUCCCUCCACCCCACCACCGCCAGUGGCUGCUCACCUCUUACAGAAUACAGCCAUGAUUCCUUGGGCCCUCAGGACCCCGCAGAGGUGGCCCCCCUCCUCUUCUGGUCUCAUCCCCCUCCCUUUUGCCAUGCUGUUUCACCUUUCUUGUUUCCACCUCAGGGCCUUUAGUUUUGCUGUUUCCCCUGCCUGGCACACUCUUCCCUUGAUAACCACAUGGCUGGCACCUUUCCUCCUUUGAGGGUUUUCUUCAAAUAUCACUUCCUUAAUUAGGCCUUUUCUGUUUAAAUUACAACCCAUUGCCCUCCUCACUACUUAAUUUUUCUCCAUAGCACUUAUCCCCAUACAACAUACAAAAUAUUUUAACAAUGUAUUUGUUCAUUGUGUCUCCCCUCCCCCUACCAGAAUAUAAACUCCAUGAGAGCAGUGAUUUUUUGUCUGAUUUGUUCCCUGCUGUAUGCUCAGAAUUUAGUGCACAGAUAUGCUCACUAAAUACUUGCUGAAUAAAUAAGAAUGUAGGCCCUAAUAUAUAUUUAAUAGCUCAUGUCAGUUCCCAACAACCUCAUAAAGCAGGCUGUAUUGUUAUGCCCUCUCUACAUGAAGAAACAGAGGCAAAAGGGUUAGGUAAUUUGUCCAAAAUCAGUUAGAAGUCCAGAAAAGGAUUGGAACCCAGUAGUCAGGUCACACAGCCUAAAUUCUAUCUCAGACUGACAUGGCCCCACUGAGUUCUCCAUUCCACCCUCAAACUCUUCUUCCCCUGGUUUUCCCCAUCCUGUUGGUACUAUAAUGACCCUGCUGUUCAAGCCCAAAAGCUACAAGUCACCCGUCUCCUCCCUUUCCUCUCCUUCAAUAUUCAAUCCAUCAGCAAGUCUUAGCAGCUCUUCCUUCAAAAUAUACCCAUACCUGUCCAUCUCUCCACUGCACUGUCCCUGUGCUCUCCCUACAGAACCACCAUAGCCUCCAGAUGCAUUUCCACUCUUUUUUCCUGAAUAACCCAAUUUCUACAUGGCCAGUGAGCUUUCUAAGCUCUAAAUUAAAACCACACUAGUAGUCUCCUGUUUAAAACCUUCCAGUGCUUUCCUAUCAACCUUGGAACAGCCAAGUCCUGCCUUCAUCUGUCUGGCCCACAGACCUCUCCACCCUUGUCUCCCCCACAUGCCCUGGCCCGCAGUCUCAGCCUCAGGGGCCGUCUGCUGCUCAGAUUCACCAACCUUCCCCUUGGGACUUGCUUAUCCUUCUGGAGGAACACUCUUCCUCCAGGUUGCAGGCCAGCCCUCUUCCGUUAUUCAUGUCUUAGCUCACAAGCCACUUCCUCCUGGCCAUCAACCCAAUUUGUUUUCCCGCCUCCCAGUCUCUUUAGUAUCUCACCCUAUUUUGUUUCAUGUCCUCCCUAGCACUUAAUGUUUAACAUUUGCGGGCUUAUUCAUUUAUUAAAGUCUGUCUCUUGCCUCUAAAACAUGAGCUCCCUAAAAGUGAGACCUUACCUAAGACAAGGUGUAUAUUUUGUUCACACAACUGUCCCAGGUCCUAGAGCAGAACCUAGCACAGAACUACCCAAGAAAUGUUUGCUACUUACUAAUUUAAAAGCAACAAUAUGCAAAAUGUGACUUUUAAUUGCUCCUUGAAUUUAUGGGGCAAACUCCAGUGGUUGCACUAUAUUUUUAACAACAAAUGAAUGAAUUCUGUCCCAUAGAUGUGACAUAACUUAUUUUAUUAGUACCUCAGUCCUGGAAAUUUAAGUCUUCCCAAUGUUUUGCUAUUACAUGUUUUGCUGUAAUAAACAUCCUUGUACAAGCACA